AUGGAGGAUGUAACAUAUCUUCCCCUGAACACUUCUCUCGUUGACGAGUUCCUCUAUUACGAUGAUGCCAACUCAUCGACAAAUAUGAUCCAAAGUACAGAUCCCGCAAACGAAACAGCCUUGGAAAUAACCCGUUGUAUUAUACAGAAAGUAUGUGUGCCUGUGGUGGUUGCCCUGGGCUUCCUGGGCAACGUGCUCAAUAUGGUGGUGCUCACAAGACGAAGCAUGAAGUCCUCAACCAACUGCUAUCUAACAGCCCUUGCCGCUUUUGAUUCACUCUAUCUUGUAUUCAGCUUGACUCUUAGCUUCAAGCACUACGAACCGUUCCGUCACAUGUUGUCAUACAUGCAUUGGUACCGUGUAUGUCGUGUUCUCAGUGACAUGUCUGCUAACGUGUCUGUGUUUCUUACUGUUACCUUCACUGUGGAACGUUACAUCGGAGUUUGCCAUCCCAUGCGAGGAAGAACGUUGUGCACGGUCCAGCGGGCGAAAGUCAUCAUCGUCUUGGUGGCUUUGGUAGCCAUGGCCUGCACGACUCCGGAGUUUUUCGAAAUGAAAGUGAUUAACGAAAUAAAAAAUAACGUCACUGUGCCGACGGUCCGGUAUACGGAUUUUUCCAAGACGUAUAGCUACAAGAUUGGAUACUACUGGUUCUUUGUUACGAUUUUCACUUUUCUACCAUUACUGUUGCUGUGUGUGUUUAACGGAAUUCUCAUAUCCUCUGUGGUAAAAGCCGUGGAAAUACGACGCCGUAUGACGUCUCUGUCCCCUCACCGCAUUUCCAGUUCACGUCACAGUGGCGAGCAACAAAAGAUCACCAAGAUGCUCAUCACUGUUGUGUUAGUGUUCCUGUUAUGCCAGAUUCCUGGUGCUGUUCUCAUGAUGUAUAGCACUUACCUUGAACUUGCUGAAGUCAGUCUAUCAAAAUCAAUGCGCAACGACCUUAAAAUUGCCGCAAAUUUUACCAAUUUUCUCAUACAGAUAAACGCUUCUAUCAAUUUCAUCUUAUACUCUCUCAUCAGUACCAAAUUCAGACGGGUUUUCUACAGAACAGUAUGUACAAAAUCAAAGAAAUAUGCGUCUAAAGCAUACAGUAAGAAUUCAGAAUUCAGUGCAAUGACGACGUACAGACUAGGAUCACUUCAUUCGGUACGGGAACCUGUCUAUCAUCUCGCUGGGUGUAGAAAGAUCGGAGAUGCCAGCUCAAUGUGUCAGCAGAAUCUCACUCAAUAUGAGGAUGGAAGUCUUCAGGAUAUCAGACAGACAUCCAACAUGUAA